AUGACAGUACAGAUUGCUUCAGAAGCUUCUGCGUGCAAUCCAGUGAGACAACAGGACAGUCUCUUAGCUCCAGAAAGGGCCCCUGUGUUCUGGGAAGUGGAGCUGGGCGCCCUAAGGAGCCUGACCGCUCCCUGCAAGCCUCUCUGCGUUCCAGCCCAGGCUCAGGCCCCGCCCAGCGGCGGCCAAAGGCGUCGCGGGCCCGCGCCCCACGCGGAGGAGGAGGGGGCCGGUCAGGCGCCUCCAGGAGGCAACUCUGACUCCCCAGGGCAGCUCUGCACAGUGGUGGUACUGGAAGCUGCAGGGAUGGAAGCUGACUCUGAGGACUGCGUGGCCGCCUGGUGGGAUAUGGUGGUGCGGAACCUGCGAUCUUGUCCACAGUCCUGUUCAGCACUUGGGAGAAAAAUUGCCUGCAUGUACAAUGACUUUACUAGUAAAUCAUUAAAAGACCGCAUUUUACCUCCAUUUAUGGAUAUGAUACUUUUUUUAAACAUCUUCAAAGCACCAUUUCUUCUGGAUUUAAAAAGACCAGAGUUAAAGAUUCCUCAUACAGUGAACUUCUAUAUCAAGUGUCAACCUAAGGUGAUUUUGGGAAUCUGGCACACAGUUCCCAGCUGCCGUGGGGAAGAUGCGAAGGACAAGGACCGUUGUUGGUAUGAAAUGGCCCUUCAGGAUGGUAACCCCAUUAUUAUUUACCUUCAUGGCAGUGCAGAACACAGGGGAGCACCUCACAGAAUUAAGAUGGUAAAGGUGCUGAGUGAUGGUGGCUUCCAUGUUUUGUCUGUUGAUUACAGAGGAUUUGGGGACUCUACAGGUAAGCCCACAGAGGAGGGGCUGACAGAAGAUACCAUUUGUGUCUAUGAGUGGACCAAAGCAAGAUGUGGUGCCACCCCUGUGUGUCUCUGGGGCCACUCUCUCGGUACAGCAGUUGCGACAAAUGCUGCAAAAGUGCUAGAAGCUAAAGGAUGCCCAGUUGAUGCUAUCAUCUUAGAAGCCCCAUUUACCAACCUGUGGGUUGCAACUAUCAAUUAUCCUUUAUUAAAGAUUUACCGGAAUAGUCCAAGAUGUUUACGCAGCCUUAUGGAUGCCAUGACAAAAGAUAAAAUAGUCUUUCCUAAUGAUGAAAAUGUAAAAUGCCUGUCUUCUCCCCUUCUCAUUCUACACUGUGAGGAUGACAAGACAGUGCCUUUGGAGUUUGGAAAAAAGGUCUAUGAAAUUGCACACUGUGCCUAUAGGAACAAAGAAAGGGUUGAGAUGGUCAUCUUUCCUCCUGGCUUCCAACACAAUCUCCUUUGUAAAAGCCCUGAACUGGUGAAGACUGUGCGAGAUUUCCUGAGCAGACAGUGGGCAUGAGGUCUG